AUGGCGACCGGUUUAGAUAGUGUUGUGAAGAUUACAGUCUACUUGGAUUUUAUGUUGCUUCUCUGGGCACUGUUUAAGUCGGCGUUGGAAAAAGUCCCGCGCGCACGCAUCAUCUGGCUUCUAGAAGAGCUAGUUAUCAUAUCAGAUAAACUAUUCAAACGGGACAAGACAUGCUGCUGCGCCGAGCUGAGAAAUCACCUUCUAGGGAAAUCUCAGUCAUAUCGUCGAGAGCUCACUGUGGUGGAAUUCUGCGAAUCUGCUACUAUCGUCGAGUAUCUAGUCGACCAUUUUGGCCCGCAUUUAAUUCCUCAGCGAUAUAUUGAUGGGAAGGAAGGUCAAGUAGGGGGUGAGACAGAAUCAUGGCGGCGUGAUCGGUACUUCAUGCACUAUGCCGAAGGAAUUCGAGAUGCGCCCGUGCCUUUCUUCAUCAGACCGGUAACAAAAAUGAUAGCUUCUCAACUACAUUCGGCUUUAGUAAAAUCAGACCUGGCGACGAACCUCAGCUUCCUAGAAGACCAACUCAAAUCAUCGCCAGGGAAGGGUCUAUUCCUCUGCGGAGACAUCCUCACGGGUUCGGACAUUUUGAUGAGCUUCCCGCUGGAGGCAGGGGUUCUGCGAGGCUUGAUCAACAAGGAACAACACCCUUACCUCACGGAAUAUGUGAGUCGGAUCCAGGAGAGGGAAGCUCACAAAAGGGGAAUCGCGAAGAUUGUUGAGCUGCAAGGGAGCUAUGAGUUGAUCCCAUGA